AAGCCUCCACGAAAAUAAGUCUCAACUUGCGUAAUCACGUAGUCCUUCGCCGCAUUGGGGCAAAAAUAAUCCCUUCAUUUUACUGAAGGCACUGGGAAUAUUAUUUCUUUUUUCGCCACGCCGGAACAAUUUUAAAUGUUACUGCGAUAAGAGACGUUCCCUGUGGUAAAGUGACUAAGCAAUUGGGCAAAGAGAAAGGAAGGACAUCAAAAUAAAGUGCUGCGGAGGAAUUUUUGUCAAGCUGUGAGACGACGAGUGCGAAGAGUGAAGGCGAUUGAGAGGGGCUGAGGGAAUUGUCCUCUGUGCAAGGGACUUUCUUUAGGCCCAGGGCCCUGCCUUCCCCUAUCGUCAGCAGAGAGAUGGAAAGCUUGAUGACUAGUUCUACCCUGCCACCCCUUUUUGCAGAUGAAGAUGGUUCCAAGGAGAGUAAUGACCUGGCUACAACUGGGUUAACCCACCCAGAGGUUCCAUACAGUAGUGGUACAACAUCAUCCACCAACAAUCCAGAGUUUGUGGAGGAUCUCUCCCAAGGUCAGUUGCUUCAAAAUGAGUCUUCAAAUACAGCAGAAGGCAGUGAACCGAGGCACGAAGAUGAGCAAAGAAGUAAACGAGGAGGUUGGUCCAAAGGAAGAAAAAGAAAGAAACCUCUUCGAGACAGCAAUGCACCCAAAUCCCCCCUUACAGGAUAUGUUCGUUUCAUGAAUGAGCGUCGUGAACAGCUUCGUGCAAAGAGACCAGAAGUCCCCUUUCCAGAAAUCACAAGGAUGUUGGGCAAUGAAUGGAGUAAACUGCCUCCUGAGGAAAAACAACGCUAUCUUGAUGAAGCAGACAGAGAUAAGGAGCGUUACAUGAAGGAACUGGAGCAGUAUCAGAAGACUGAGGCCUAUAAGGUCUUCAGUAGGAAAACCCAGGACCGCCAGAAAGGCAAAUCUCACAGGCAAGAUGCAGCCCGGCAGGCCACUCAUGAUCAUGAGAAAGAAACAGAGGUAAAGGAACGAUCUGUUUUUGACAUCCCUAUAUUUACAGAAGAAUUCCUGAACCACAGCAAAGCUCGUGAGGCAGAGCUCCGCCAGCUCCGCAAGUCCAACAUGGAGUUUGAGGAGAGGAACGCAGCCCUGCAGAAGCACGUGGAGAGCAUGCGGACCGCGGUGGAGAAGCUGGAGGUGGACGUGAUCCAGGAGCGGAGCCGCAACACUGUCCUGCAGCAGCACUUGGAGACCCUGCGGCAGGUGCUGGCCAGCAGCUUCGCCGGCAUGCCCCUGCCUGGAAGUGGAGAGACACCUACAGUGGACACCAUUGACUCAUAUAUGAACAGACUGCACAGUAUUAUUUUAGCUAACCCCCAAGACAAUGAAAACUUCAUAGCUACAGUUCGAGAAGUUGUGAACAGGCUUGAUCGUUAGUGAAUGAUCUCAGAGCUCCAAGAUGUUCUGCAAGUGUUUUUAUUUGUGAGGAAUGAGAAGCCAUCCAUGGAAAUUUGAACUGAGUGGGGGCAGAGAAAGGGUACAGAUCCCUUCACUUGUGAAAGAAUUGUCAGUGAGUGAAAUGCCUUCACCCUGGGAAGCCAUAUGAGGGAGCAAAAAAAGGACCUAGUACAUGGUGUAUGAACUUCCUAUGGAAUUGUCCUUGUGAGACGCUUUGAAAGUGUACCCCACUCCCCCAGUCUUCAACUUGCUGUCAUUUCCAUGUCUCCUAAAGUGGAUCUGCACAUAUUCAGCUGACUGGGUGAUCUUGAGGCUGACACCUGCUGCAGAAAGGAAGACUUCUCAUUGUUGCAGUUGCCAUUGGACCCUUUUCUCAGUGGAGCUCCAGUUUUCUUACCUAGCUGUCAUUUUUUUAAAUGCCUUUGGGGGAUAUUUUUUGUGAGCCCCCACCAAGUGAUACAUCACCAUUUUCUGACCUCUGGGCUUUGUUGCUCAGCAGGGUUCUGAAGGAGAGUUUCUCUCAUUGGCCAGGCCCCAUCUUCUCCCAUCACUGCCCUGCUGUGACUCCAAAGAAAGGAGCUUCUUGUUGACAGUGCCCUGUGGAGUGAGGCUGUGUUUCCUACCUCACACAGUGCUCAGUGGGUGCCAGCCCUCAGAGUGGCUUUGUGAUGGCUGCCCUGGAGGAGAAUGCUCUCUCCUUCUUCCCUGCUACUGCCUGCUGUUUUUCAAGCAUUGCUUCAACACAGACAUGGAGCCCCAGCCCCAGCAAGGCUCUUCUGUUCCCAUCUGUUGGCAAUGUCUUAUGGAGCAUUUUUGCUACGUAAAAGGUCACUGGUAAACAGAGGAGAAAAGAAAGGAGUAUUUUCUCAUUUGGUAUUUUUAAAAAGCCCAAAGUUUAACAUAAGUGAAAACUGAGGGAAUCCCUGCCUUCGUCAGGUGCGAAGAUUCAUAGAUAUGUAGGAAUAUCACCCAAAAUAGUCUCUCAAGCUCACAGAAAGUGUGCAGGGAAAUUCUCACAUCUUUUGUCUUCUGUAGCCAUUAACGUGGAAAAGUUAGACAUCCCUUCCUUCUCUCUCUUCGGUAUGUGAUUUUUUUAACACCAAAAGUGAAGAGGGAGUUUCUGGUUCUUUUUGUUUGUUUUGUUUUGUUCUUUUCUGUUUUGUUUAGAGA